AAAUUAAAAAUUUCUGAUUAUUAAUAAAAAUUAUCACUCUUCCUCUUAAAUUUGCCUUAUAUAGACGUAUGAAAAUGCUAAAAAAGGUCAUCCUUUCCACCAUCGCGAUUGCUGGGGCUGGGACUGCCCUCUGGUUCCUCUACAAGAGGAGCAGCUCCAAAGAGAAGGAAGAACUAGGUCUCGAGCCGCAACCUCCUGCAUCAGAAGACGAAGCUCAGGAAUUGGUAGAACAAAGGAACAUCGCAGUUCAAGGUGAAACAAAACCGAGUGUAAAAAGAAUGGCAAAAAUCAAAUCCAUUAAGCAGCUUAAAAGAAAUCUCUCAUUUUUAAUGUAUUGGAUUGGUAACCAUCAAGAUAUAAAUAAAGUCUUGGUCACAGCAAGAGCUGACAUAUCAAAGGAAGCAACAGAAUUCUUCACGGCUUCGUAUAAAAAAUUUGGAGGAGAAGCUGAAGAUAUUUCCAAAAAUGUAGAAGAGGAUGAUGAACUGGUGCCACAAAUAAAAUUUGAAGUACAACAAUAA